AUGAGUGUACUCCAUAUUGUUUAUCUGCAAAAUAUCCAAAGUAACAGUAAAGUUACACUAUUCGUGUUCGAUAAAGUCGCAUUUAUCAAUACAAGCUCACGAAACACUUCAAUCCAUUUUAUUUGCGGUACUUCCUCGGGAGCUCGACUGCAUCCCAAAAGCAUUAUAGCUUGCGGCGCGCUCACGACUCAGUCUCCUCUCUUUAUCGCCUCCGUCAAAAGCGGUACCGAUCUUAAAGGUAUUUUAAUAACUUCCACCGGCAGCGGUUUGUCUAAUGGGUGCACCAUGCAAAUCCCCGUGUUCUACCGUUACCUUGAUAUCGGCAAACGAGCGCAAAAUAAAAGCAAUAAUCGCGGGAAAUCCGAAGCCCGGAGCAAAUACGAGAUACGUUUGCUCAUGGUUAAAAGAACACCUACUUUAAAUAAAUGCAUUCAGGAAGUACUUAAUUCAGGAACUCGCUCCACGACUCCAUGCUAUCCAUGUAUAUAA